AAAAGCCACUCUUCACCCGGGAUGCAUCCCAGUUGAAGGGAACAUUCCUCAGCACCACCCUGAAAAAGAGCAACAUGGGAUUUGGAUUUACCAUCAUUGGUGGAGAUGAGCCCGACGAGUUUCUGCAGGUGAAAAGUGUGAUUCCGGAUGGGCCCGCAGCUCAGGACGGGAAAAUGGAGACAGGUGAUGUCAUUGUCUAUAUUAAUGAAGUUUGUGUCCUGGGACACACCCAUGCAGACGUCGUCAAACUUUUCCAGUCGGUUCCUAUUGGUCAGAGUGUCAGCCUGGUGUUGUGUCGUGGCUACCCUUUGCCCUUUGACCCUGAAGAUCCUGCGAACAGCCUGGUGCCACCCCUUGCAAUAAUGGAGAGGCCACCUCCAGUCAUGGUCAACGGCAGACAUAACUAUGAGACGUAUUUGGAAUACAUUUCUCGGACCUCACAGUCGGUUCCAGACAUAACAGAUCGGCCGCCUCAUUCUUUGCACUCCAUGCCAGCAGACGGGCAGCUCGAUGGCACGUAUCCACCGCCUGUCCAUGACGACAAUGUGUCUAUGGCUUCAUCUGGGGCCACCCAAGCUGAACUCAUGACCUUAACCAUUGUGAAAGGUGCCCAGGGCUUUGGCUUCACUAUUGCCGACAGUCCGACCGGACAGCGGGUGAAACAAAUACUUGACAUUCAGGGAUGCCCUGGCCUGUGCGAAGGCGACCUCAUUGUGGAGAUCAACCAGCAGAAUGUACAGAACCUGAGCCAUACAGAAGUAGUGGAUAUCCUUAAGGACUGUCCCAUUGGAAGCGAGACUUCUUUGAUUAUCCAUCGAGGAG